AUGCCUGAUCCUCCACCAAUUUUACAAAAUUUACUGAAUCGCUCCCAUGAAUAUUCAAAUCAUUUUCACGAAAAUAUAAGAUCUUAUAACAAUUCGUUCGCUUUUGCUUCAUUUAAUGCAAAUUUAGUCAAUCUUCAUGCCAAUAGACGGCCUGGUCCAUAUUGCUUUAAAAUUCAUGGCCAAGUUUACUAUCAAAUGAAUACUUCAUUGUAUCCGGAAGUUAAUGAACUUCCUUCUUUUGGCCAAUUAUUUAUUAUCGAUCAAAAUGAAUCUACUGACAUUCGAAGCAAUAAUUAUUCAAGAUUAAAUAGAGAUAUCAUUGACAGUAUAGAUCAAGCCCUUCGACAACAUAAUGUAUUCGCUCAAUCUUAUCAAAUGAUGCAUGAAGAAUUACAACGAGCAAUGAUUGAAAAUAAUCUGGAAACAGAACCUGAAAUGCGAUUGUUAUUCUCAUUAAAACCUGGUAUGGAUGCAAGACGAUAUAAUCCACAAAGAGUAAACGAAGUAGCAGCAAUAUUCACGACAAUUGCUGAUGGUGAUAUCCCAGAAUCCUACGUAACAAUCCACAAUAAACGUACGAAAACUCUCCAAUAUGUUAGCUCUAUGGAUCCUAAUGUUGAAGCCUGGAUUUACUUUUCUAUCCAUAUGGUACAAACAGUUGGAGCUCAACUAUUAAUUUCAAUCCGAGAUGAUAGCAAUGUAUUUUUACAAGGCGGUCGUUUAUUUCAACAAUGGAUCGUAGAUAAUUAUGUUAAAAUAGAAAAAGAUAGAUUGACUUAUUGUAGAAACAAUCAAAAAACUCUCCGUGCUGAUACUUAUCAAGGUCUUAUUGACCAUUUACAACGAGAAGCGAAUAAUGAAAAUUGUCAAAUAGGAAAAAUGAUUGUUCUUCCAUCAUCAUUUACUGGUUCUCCACGUAAUAUGUUACAGCAUUAUCAAGAUGCAAUGGCAAUUGUUAGAAAAUAUGGAAAGCCUGAUCUUUUUGUAACCAUGACAUGUAAUCCGAAUUGGCGUGAAAUUCAAGAGAAUUUAUUACCUGGACAAACAGCGUCAGAUAGACCAGACAUUGUUUCACUUUUAGCAUAUGUUUACGUAGUCGAAUAUCAAAAGCGUGGUUUGCCCCAUGUUCACUUAUUAAUAACACUCAAACAAAAUUAUAAAAUUACUUCUUCUGCCGUAGUUAACAAAUAUAUUUCUGCUGAAAUCCCCAAUGAAACUGAUGAUCCCGUACUUCAUGAAAUUGUCAUGAGAAACAUGAUCCAUGGUCCAUGUGGAGAUUGGUGCAAAGAUAAAAAUAAUAAAUGUUCAAAACACUUUCCCAAAGAAUUUCAAAAUGAAACAGUAAUGGAUGAAAAUGGAUAUCCAACUUACCGCCGCAGAAAUACUGGAGUUUUCGAUCGUUUGCAGGGAGGAACGGCUGAUAAUCAGUAUGUUGUCCCUUAUAACGCUGUAUUAUUAAAAUUAUUUAAUUGUCACAUCAAUACAGAAAUAGUAUCAACUAUCCAAUCUGUUAAAUAUUUGUACAAAUAUAUAUAUAAAGGACAUGAUGCUGCAGCUAUUGAAGUGACAAAUGGGAAUGAAAGAUCUAUAAAUCAUGAUGAAAUACACAAUUUCAUAGAAACUCGAUACGUAAGUCCAGUUGAAGGAUGUGAUCGAAUUUUAGGAAGAUCUUUACAAAAAAAAAGUCACUCGAUUAUGCGUCUGCCUGUACAUUUACCUAACCAACAAACUGUAAUGAUUAGUGACGAAGCCACAGACGACUCUAUUAGAACAGCGUUAGAAAAAAAUACUAUGCUGAUCGAAUAUUUUGCGUUGAAUCAACGUGAUACAGAGGCAAGACAGUUUACAUAUGCAGAAAUUCCAUCAUACUACGUGUUCAAAAAGUCUUCUAAUGCUGCAAAUAAAUCCUGGGAAGGACGCAAACAGGAUCGCAAAGUUAUUGGAAGAAUGUACUCUAUUAGUCCUCAUCAAAUAGAAUUAUUUCAUCUUCGGUUAUUACUGCUAACAGUCAAAGGAGCAGAGAGUUUUGAAGCUAUACGGACAGUUGAUGGAAAAACAUAUGAUACUUUCCAUGGUGCAUGCUUAGCACUUGGUCUCAUUGAAGAUGAUACAGAAUGGGAACGUGCAAUGACAGAAGGAGAAGUAUGGAUGAUGCCACGACAGCUGAGAUAUUUAUUCGCGAGUAUUUUAGUUCACUGUCAACCUAAAGAACCGAGAGAACUGUGGGAAAAAUUUAAAGAUGCUAUGUCACAAGAUUAUCGUAGGAAUUAUUGUGAUUCUGAAUCAAUUAGUAGAGCAUAUCAUGACAUAAAUGCUUUAUUAUGCAAUGACCGAUAUGAUCUAAGUAACUUUCCAUCAAUGCCACCAUUAAUUGAAUUUGAAAUUCAUAAUAACAAUAAUGAUCAGAAUAUGGAAGAAAUACAACCAUGUCACCUUGAAAUUGGUCAAAGUCAAUACAUAAAAUUGAACUCGAAACAGAAAGAGAUUGUCGAUACGAUUAUAGAAGUAGUGAUGACAGAAGAUAAAACGAAAAUUGAAAAUACGUGUUUUUAUAUGGAUGGACCAGGUGGAUCGGGAAAGACGUUUGUUUACACUACUCUUUAUCAUUUACUGAAAAGUAAAGGGAAAAAUAUUUGUACUAUGUCGUUUACAGGUGUCUCAGCUAUAUUACUCCCUAAUGGAAAAACUGUACACAAAGCAUUUGGCUUGCCAGUACCACUGUUCUUUGACUCAACGUCACACAUAAAGAUUCAAUCAAAAGAGGCUCAGAUCAUGAAGGAUUAUGAUUUAUUAAUCUGGGACGAAGGUCCAAUGGCACCAAGAUACUGUAUGGAAAUUGGUGACAAAACUUAUAAAUAUUUCAUGGAUAGUAAUUUACCAUUUGGUGGAAAAGUGAUGUUGAUUGGUGGCGAUUUUAGACAAUUACUGCCUGUCAAAGUUAAUGCUACUCGCAGCGAAUUGGUUAAUUUGUCGAUUAAAUUUAGUCAUCUUUGGAAAAAUUUCUCUAUGUUUACAUUGACGGAAAAUAUGAGAACAUUACCAGAAGAAACGGAAUUUGCAAAGUAUCUCCUAGAUGUAGGUGAUGGAGUUCUAAAUGACAAUAAUAAUUAUAUAAUAGCACCAGAAAAAUGUAUCGCCAACACGACUGAAAGCAUAGUAGAUACAAUGUUUAAAGACCUGCUCAAUAAUCAACGAUAUGAUGAGUUAACUAAGGUAGCUGUACUGGCAGCACGAAAUGUUGAUGUCGAUCGAAUUAAUUGUGAAGUUGUAGAAUUACUUGAUAAACAAUCAGAAAAAAUUUAUAAUAGCGUUGAUAGUACAGAAAACUGUGACAACGGAGAUAUAGUCAACGUCAUAUUACCAGAAUAUCUUAAUUCUUUAGAUCCUCCCAAUUUUCCUCUUCACGAACUUAAAUUGAGGAAUAACUGUGUUGUUAUGCUUCUACAAAUUGAUGGUUAUACUCAUCGUCUUUUUCGUGAAGUACACUAUAACCAUUCAACAUUUGGUCAAAGAACAAUAACUGAUGGUUCGUACUGGUUGACAAUCAACGUAGCAAUGUUUGUUCUGAGUCUAGCUUUAGAAAUUGGUACUGCUUUCACUGUUUGUGGUCAAAUGAGCCAAAGAGCGAAUGGUUUUUUUACUAUCGAAAAUAUGGAUAAUAUUAUUAUCCGUGAAGGAAUCGCACCAUUGACACAAGCUCAAGCAAAUCCUGGUUUCCAAGCACUUCAAGGUCUCAGACGUCAACGUGUUGAACCAGUUAUUCAACGUAAUAAUAAUAAUAUUGCUGUCUAUCGUGGUGUUGUAAAUAAUCAUGCUGCUGGUGGUGCUAUUAGACGUGGUGAUGCAUGCUUGCUAGUGCUAUUGGACGUAGUGGUACCAAAUGUGAAUGAUGUUGUUGUUGCUCAUAGUGUUAAUAACGCUCUUGAUGGAUUGAGCAAUGAUUUGAAUGGUUUAAACGAUGAUAACAUGAUCAAUAAUAAGAUCCAGCAAAAUGUCAGUGAGAUUAAUUCAGUGAAUGAUAUUGUUUUUGAUAAUAUUAAAGUUAAAGAAAACAUGGCUGGCAAUGUUGAUUAUGUUGGUGCCGAAAUGGUUAUCCCAGUAAAUGACAAUUGUAUAUGGGAUGUUGAUGGUGAGAGGCCAGAUGAUGAUAAUGAUACCGCUGGUGGUUUUAAUAUCAAUGAAAUAUAUGGAUAUGAUGAUAUAUAUGAUAAUCGAGAAUCACCUGAUAAUGUUGUUUGUGGUGAGCCAGCUUAA